AUGGAUAAGAACAGUAGAGUUGUGAUUAUUGGGGCAGGCCUAUUUGGUCUAAGUGCCGCCCACCAACUCGCAUCGGAAGGAUAUCGCAAUAUCCUGGUUCUAGAUAGACACAUGCCACCAGCUCCUGACGCCUCGAGCAAUGACAUUUCGCGCAUUGUCCGAUUCGAUUAUGCCGACGAGGAUUAUUUGGACAUUGCUCACGAAGCAUACCAGAAAUGGCGAGAUAACCCCAAGUAUAAAGGAAUCUUUUAUCCCACACCAUACAUUCUAGCCUGUAACCAGAGCGCCUAUGGCCGAGCUUGGGUUGAGAAGACAACUGCGGCACUGAGCAAGCGUAACUUGCCGUUUCAAAAUCUGCAUGAUGGAGAUGAUGCGCGCAAAAGAUACCCUGUCCUGACUGGACAACUGGCAAACCCUGGCUUUGUCGGCUACACUAACCAUCAAGCUGGCUGGGCUGACGCCACAAAAGGAACGACCCAGCUCCGUGAUGAAUGCAUCCAAGCGGGCGUCUCCUUCAUCAGCGGUCGUGCUGGCACGGUUGUUGGAUUUGAGAUUGACUCAACCAACAAGAUCACAGCAGUACAAACUAUGGCUGCAUCUACCUUGGAGGGCGACUUGUUUAUUCUCACAGCUGGUGCCUGGGUCUCAAGCCUGGUCCCCAUGUACGGGUCGGCGCUGGCCACAGCUCAGGCACUGGGCUACAUUCGACUCACGGAUGAUGAGAUGGAAAAUUUCAAAGACCUUCCCAUCUACGUCAAUUGUGCAACCGGUUUCUUCAACUUUCCGCCCCACGAGGAGACCAAGAUGCUAAAGGUGGCCGUGCAUGGAUGGGGCUAUACCCGUAGUCCCGAGAACGGUGAUCUUUACAAUACGGGCAAGGGUCAGGACCUCUCCAUGCCGCCGUUGCCUCCACGUGCCCAACGCGCCAACUUUGUUCCCGGGGAAGCGGAAGCGCGACUGAGAGAAGGUCUGCGGGAGAUUUUGCCCGAGCUAGGCGACCGGUCAUUUGACAAAUUGGCGCUUUGCUGGUACACGGACACGCCUACAGGCGAUUUCAUCAUGGAUUAUCACCCAGACUACAAGAAUCUGUUCGUUGGAGGCGGCUGCAGUGGACAUGCGUUCAAAUUCAUGCCAGUCCUUCCAAAGUACAUUGGUCAAGCCAUCCACAAGACACUACCAGAUCAAUUGUCAGCAAAGUGGCGUUUCCGCAAGGAGUUUCAAGGCAAAACUGAUGCGUUCUUGGGCGACGGAAGUCGUGGAGGGCCAUUACGAAGAGAGCUGACUCGCCAUGAAUCUGCCAAGUUAUAA